AUGCUGAUCGCUACAAGCCCGGUCACGCCCAAGUUGAAGCAGGUGGUGACGCCUGGGCACAUCCGUGCAAGGGCCUCGCCAGCCAGUCCGGAAUUGGAGAAGCCUCAUGUGAGGCGAUUAGUUGCACUGGGCCUGGGUAGUGCCCUCCUUGUGCGACAAGGUUUACCAUCCGGUUCAAACCGCCAGGCCGCUAGACCCUGCGUCAGACCCAGAACCGCUAGGGUGGCACUGAAGGCCGAAGGGGCCGAAGGGGCCGAAGGGGCCGAAGGGCAGGAGGACCCACUCCUCGCGGAGGCCAAGGCAGCGGCGGAGGCUGCGAAGCUCCAGCUGGAGGCUGCGAAACUGCGGGCCGAAGCCGACGAGAUGCGCCAGGCGACGGCCGUGGCACAGCGCAAGGCGCGGGCCGUUCGGCUCCUGGGCAGCGAGGACGUUCCCGGCAUCGGGCUUCCUGGCUGCGCAGACCAGAUGUUGCCGGAGCUCAUGGCACGGCUUCAGGAGACGGAGGGUGUGAGCUUGAGCGGGGAGCAGGCCCUGGCCCUGGCGGCGGCUCUGGGCUUCACAGAGGAGCCCUACUUCUUUCGUUUCGAAGAGCUGAACUCCGAGACCUUCGACACGAAGCUGGCGCAAAUCCAGACGGAGGCACGAACAGCCGAGCAGGCAGCCGCCGCAGAGAAGCGCCGGGCGGAGGCCGCGAGGGCGAGCCAGGCGCAGAGCCAGGCGCAGAGCACAGGCCCCACUUCCACUUCGGCUCCGCAGGAGGUGAUCAGCGACGAUCGCAGUCUUGGCCCUAGGCUGCUCGGGUCCCUCGCCUACAUCCUCCCGGUCACAGAGGCCUUCAAGCUGAUGUUGCCCCUGAUUCAGGUCUUCCCUCCACUGGGAAUCGUCUUCGGCCCCAUCACAUUGCUGACAGUGUUGCUGAACUUUGCACCCUUCGUCCCGUUGCUGCUCUUCGUGCUGUUCAUUGUCCUGGCACAGUCCAAGGACAAUGUGCCCAGGUUUUUGCGUUUCAACCUCGAGCAGGCCGUGCUGCUAGACAUGGCGCUGACGAUUCCCAGCUUCAUCCUCUCAACAAUGCAGUUUUCCGGCGCUGGCGAGGCAGUGCUCGUAGGUGGCGCCUUUGUCUUCGCAUUGGUUUUUGGCAUCUCCGUGUAUGCGGUGCUUUGCAACCUAGAUGGAAAAGAUCCGGAUGGAGUUCCCUUCAUUUCCAACAUCACGAAGAAUGUCGUGGACCGGCAAACCUUUUUCGACGAGUCACCCAAUGAGGAUCAGAAGUAA